AUGACUGGCUGUAAAAAUGGUUUUAUUCAACUAGUCAAGGAAAAAAACCCGAACAUAAUUGGUUCACACUGCAUCAUUCAUAGACAGGCUUUAGCUUGCAAGACUUUACCUAAAUCACUAAACUCCGUUUUGAAUUUGGCAAUAAAAAUUGUUAAUUGUGUAAAAUCUAGUGCUUUAAACACUAGAAUUUUUAAUGUUUUGUGUAAUGAGUUGCUAAGUGACCAUAAAACUCUUAUUUAUCACACAGAAGUUCGUUGGCUGUCUAAAUGUAAUAUGCUUGAUAGAAUGUACAGUUUUAAGUCUGAGAUUGAAAUAUUUUUAAUGAGUGCUGGGAAAUUAGAUCUAUACAAUAAGUUUACAGAUGAAAAAUGUAUGUUUUAUAUAGCAUAUUUAGCAGACUUUUUUGGAUUCCUAAAUGUUCUAAAUUUAAAACUUCAAGGACAUACAAAUAUUCUGAAGUCGUACGAUACAAUUCAAGCUUUUUUAGAAAAAAUAUCAUGUGGCAACGCCGUCUUUGUGCGACCAAACCUAAUUUCUCAUAUUUUCCACGGCUUAAUGAACUUCUUGAUGAUACCGAAAAUUACAUAUUAA